ACAAAAAUCUUCUGGAAACUCCUUAUGAUUUUGAACAGUCUGCUAACAAGCUAAACACGUAGCACCCGACAGCUUUAGCAAGUUUUUUUUCUAACUUUAGGAACAAAUAUAUCAGAUACAUGUCCACUAUGGAGGUUUCGCAAAAGUUUCGCUGUUUUUAUAACUUGUUAUGGACGAUGUUUGUGUCUUAACUGUGAGAAAAAGUAGCAGUUUUAGUGAGGAAAGUUAGCUUAGCACUGGUCGCUCCAACACAAACACAAAAGCCCAUCCUCCCCUCAGCCUUGCUGGACGGGUUCAAGUUUAACUCUGCUCCCUGUUCUCCAAUCUGGAAACGCUAUCAAAAUGUCGAUACUUGGACUGAAGAAGAAACAACCCAAGACUUUCAAAGUUAAAGUCGUCACUAUGGAUGCAGAGAUGGAGUUCAGCUGUGAGGUCAAAUGGAAAGGUAAAGAUUUGUUUGACCUGGUGUGUCGCACCGUCGGUUUGAGGGAGACCUGGUUCUUUGGACUCAGAUACACGGUGAAGGACACCUACGCCUGGCUUAAACAGGAGAAACGGGUUCUGGAUCAGGAGGUUCCCAAGGAUUCCCCCAUAACGUUUCACUUUCUAGCGAAAUUCUUCCCUGAGAAAGUUGAGGAAGAACUGGUCCAAGAAAUCACCCAGCACCUAUUUUUCCUACAGGUGAAAAAACAAAUACUAGAUGAAGAGAUAUUCUGUUCCCCUGAAGCUUCAGUGCUUUUGGCCUCUUAUGCUGUCCAGGCAAAGUACGGGGACUAUGAUCCAAACUUUCACAAGCCGGGAUUUCUUGCACAAGAUGAACUGUUGCCAAAAAGGGUUCUGAUGCAGUACCAAAUGACUGCGGACAUGUGGGAGGAGAAGAUCACAGCUUGGUACGCCGAACACAGAGGCAUCGCCAGAGACGAAGCAGAGAUGGAAUACCUGAAGAUCGCCCAAGACCUCGAAAUGUACGGUGUUAGCUACUAUGCCAUUACUCAAAAUAAGAGAGACACAGACCUUUUACUGGGUGUGGACGCUCAGGGUCUCCAUAUCUACAACCCCAACAACAAACUGAACCCAAACAAGUCUUUCCCCUGGAGCGGGAUCCGGAAUAUCUCCUACAGCGAGAAGGAGUUCACAAUUAAACCUCUAGAUAAGAAGAAAGAUGUCUUCAAGUUCUACUCAUCUCAGCUGCGUGUCAACAAGCUGAUCCUGCAGCUGUGCAUCGGGAACCACGAUCUGUUCAUGAGGAGGAGGAAGGUGGACUCCAUCGAAGUGCAGCAGAUGAAGGCUCAGGCCAAAGAGGAGAAGGCCCGCAAGAAGAUGGAGCGUCAGAUCCUGGCUCGGGAAAAGCAGAUGAGAGAGGAUGCAGAGCGGGCGAAAGAGGAGAUGGAGCGAAGACUUUUCCAGCUGCAGGACGAGGCGCGGCUCGCUAACGAGGCGCUGCUGCGGUCUGAGGAGACGGCAGACCUGCUGGCAGAAAAGGCCCAGAUCGCUGAGGAGGAGGCUAAGCUUCUGGCUCACAAAGCUGCAGAGGCUGAGCAGGAGCGACAGAGGUUAGAGGUCACAGCCAUGAAGACCAAGGAGGAGAAACGCCUGAUGGAGCAGAAGAUGAGGGAGGCGGAGCAGCUGGCUGUAAAGCUGGUGGAGCAGUCUGAGAGGAGGCUGAAAGAAGCAGAUCACCUAAAGCAGGACCUGACAGAAGCAAAGGAUGCUGAGCGAAGAGCCAAGCAGAAGCUCCUGGAGAUCACCAAGACAACAUACCCUCUCAUAGCUGCGUACUCUGCUCCGCCUGCUCCUCCCGAAGCAGCCGACUUCAGCUAUGAUUCAGCGUCGUCACGCCUCGACUUCAAGGACUCAGACAUGAAGAGGCUGUCCAUGGAGAUCGAGAGAGAGCGGCUGGAGUACAUGGAGAAGAGCAAACACCUGCAGGACCAGCUGAAGGAGCUGAAGUCGGAGAUUGAGUCUCUGAAGCUGGAGGAGCAGCAGCAGCAGCAGCAGGCCAGCAUGUACAGCCUCCCCGGAGAGGCCAGAGGUUACGUCCCCGAACCUGCAUACUUACCUCACAGCAACCGAAACUCAGCCUACAUGUCUCAGAUGGCCUUCUUUGAAGAAGUGUGAUCGCUGUGCUUCCAGAUGAGAAAAAAGGGCAUCUGCAGCUGUGAAUUUGCCUUUCUUCUGUGUUAUAUCGUACCUGACUGAGAGCAGCAGCAGACAGACACCUGCCACCGCUCUGUUUGCCUUGGAAAGACUUUGAAUCUGUCCUUCAGCAAACAGACACUCCUUGCUGUGCUGCAGCAACUUCAAAUUUCUGUUACAUGCAACAACAAAAAAUAGUGACACAAAGGUCAUUAAUCCUGAAUGUGGGACGGAAGUUUUAAGUGUUUUGCAACAGCUUUAGAUGAUCAAAUGCAGAGGGAUAAGCCAUAAAAUUAUGACUAUCUUCCUGAGGCCGAGUCAGUUGAUCAGUUUGUACUUUGGAAAUGUGGAAAACAGAAUAUGAGGGUCUUAUGGUACGUAACAGCGCGACCUUAAGAAAUCAGGGGAACACUACGAUGAGGGAGUAAUUUAAAAGUGUAGGUUUGUAAUGUCUACUGUUCCAGGUAGAAGCUAACAUACACUCAUUAAGUGAAACAUAAACUAGAUUUUAACUGUUUUCUGUUCUGACUAGAUAUUUAACUACCCCUCUUAUCAGAGAUGGAAGAAUUCAUGUAAUUUUUCCUUUUAAGUGUAGCUUAUUAAAGCUGUAAGCGUUCUUGUAAAAACAUAAAAACUUGUAUUUUUGUCUAGUUUCUAGUGCAAAUAUCUUUAUCCACUUGAAAUAAGACAAAACUAACGUAGAAGUAACUUUUCAGCAAGAUACAGGAGCUUGUUUUAACUCAUUGAUAUUGAUGAAAAAGUACUUGUUUCAUUGGCAGAUUAUUUCACGUAUAACACAGGACAAAGCGUUUUAUUUUCUCGUCAAUAUUAAGGAAUUAUUGACUUAAAGCAAAUUCUGAUUUUUUGCCGAAAGGUUUACUUGUAAGUUAGUUUUUAUUAUUUCAAGUGUACUAAGAUAUUUUCACUAGGAACUAGAAAAAAACACUUGGCAGGAUUUUGUGUUUUUGCAAUGUGUCCAGUUCAAACCCAGUUUUGAUUUGCGUUUGGAUCAUAAUAUUCCACCACUCACCUCUGUCUAAGUUUCAUACAUAAUACUCGAUUAUUUAAAGGGAACUUGAAAAAGAAAAAGAAAGCACCUAAAUCCUUCAAGCAUAUUUUUUGUCUUUUGCACAAACUUUGCCUUUUCUGGCCAUUAAAGUUCCUCUAGAAAUCUUUCGACAUCCAUUUUUAGCUCAUUGUGUUUACACCAAUGCUGCAGCCUCUUCCAGUUUGUUGUUGAUGAUUGUUGAUAAGGAAAACUUAUCAGGUAUUCCUGAAUAUAGACAAACUUAUUUUGAUCUGAGGGAAGCAGUUUGGGUGGCCGAACAAACCAAACCAACAAAAGGUGGUAAUAAAAUCCCAAAGUCAACUCUAUAAAAGAUUUGUGGGUUGUGCUUUAAUAUCUGGCCAAGAAACCAGUCAAUUUAUUUAAGCUCUGUCUGCCAAGAAUAGUUUGAUGUCAAGCCAGAAUUAUGCCUCAAAUUUUGUUUUGCAUUGAAAAACUCAAACUUGUGCAUCUAAUUUCUAUUUUUGAAAAUAAUUGACAUUAUAUGCUGUAUAAUCAAAGCCUCCUGAAAAAAAGAAUUGGAUAAUUAAAAGUCUAAUUUCAAGUUGUAGUUCAUCCCCAUGAUGAGUUUAUGUUACAAAGCUCCAACUGAAACCUAAAAUGUAGGGGUUUUUCUCGACAGAUAUCACAUGAUUUCAAGUGUUUAUCAAUUAUUAUUCAUAAUGUUAUGGCUUGUAUUCACCACAAUGCUUUGAACAGGAAGAUUGGAGUCAAAUUGAAAAAUUUAGGUAUUUUUUAGAUGAACAAACAGCUUUUGAAUUGCAAGCUUAUUUAAAAACGAAUAAUAAUAAGUUCAUACAGAUGCUAUUGAAGGUGGCAUGAAACACUACAGUAGUUCCCUUAUUAACUUGCAUCGUCAUUGCAGGCACAUCAUAAGGGAGUGACGGUGUGUAAUAGUGUUUAACUCAGUUUUUGGCCUUCAUUCUUUAUUUAUGUUGCUGUUUUACCUCCUGAACCGCCUUCACUGAUGCCACUCAUGUCCCUUUUGUGUCCAUAGUGCAGAGGUUAGAUUGUUUCGAGCUUAUGGUGUUUUAUUUUGUACUGCUGACAUUCUUUGAACUUUGCCUUUUUGCUAUGACUGCACACACUAACGUGUUGCUAAGUGUGUUGUACUCCUAGAAUGAACACUGCAGAAGUCUUUGAGUGACAUUGACCCGGGUUUAAUAUCCUAACUUAUCUACAGAUUAGAAGACUGAUGACAUUUCCUCCUCUUUAUAUGCAGUUCUCAGGAUUAAUGUUGGAGACAAUCAAAGCUGUUAGAAUCUCAUUAGUUUCCCCCCCGAGUUAAACGGUGUAGUAUAGAGUUCACAUGGUGAAUUGUAGACAGUAAAAUCUGCUAAGCUGUGAAAAGUCUUAAAGUAUUUACAUGUUUGAAAGACUUUUACCAGCUGUGGACACACUGCAUCUCACAAACAAACUAAACUUUUUGACGUUUUGGUUCAUUAAAACAUACAACCUGGUGCAUCUUUCUUUGUUAGGACCAGCCUGUCUGACUUAUUUAUGCAGUGAACAGUGACAGAUGAGAGGUCUCUGUCGGCGUACCAGAGAGCAACGCCAGCCUGGGUCCCGUGUAAAUUGAUUCUGUUCAAAUGUGCUUCUGCUCCCAGGUUUAUCAGAUUUAUCUGGGCUGCGAAUGCACCGUCACAUUUCUUGAAGUUUACAGUUUAAGGAUAAAUGUGUUUUGUAUUGAUGCUUUAUUUUUCUGUAUUGUGUUAUAAAAUCACAGGUUUGGAACGGUAAAAAUGUGAGGUCAGUACUUUGUAACCUCAAGUCAUGUUGUCUUCGACAUUUCAUUAUGGCAGUAAUGACUCUUGGCUGUAUCUGUUUUGCUUUGCUCCAUGGUUGUGCACUCAUUAGGCGUUGUUGCUGAUGAUCAGAGGAUAUUUCUCCCCACUUAAUUUGUCGGUAAGCCGCUUGAGUGACUUCAUCAAGGCUGCACUGUUGUCACACCAGAAUGUUGUCAAACAUUUCUUGUAUUUUGCAUUUGAAUAUCAUUAAAAAAAGGAAUGCUGCC